AACCUGCCCAACAGUGUGCUGCGUCAAGACAACUCCCGCAGAAAGGGCUACACCUCCUCGCAGAACCUGCCCAACAGUGUCCUGAGCUUCGUCAAGCUGCACCCGCUCAUGUUUGAGGAGGUGAAGCCAGAUGGCGGGGAGCCGCUCCUGGUGAAGAAGAGUGUGGCGUACAGCCAGCUGGCCGUGGACAGGGUGCAGGCCCUGGAUUGCCACUCCUAUGAUGUGCUCUUCAUGGGGACGGGGGAUGGCUGGAUCCACAAGGCUGUAGUAGUGGGCUCUAGCAUUCACAUCGUGGAGGAGGUGCAGGUGUUCAGGGAUCUGCAGCCUGUGGAGAGCCUGGUGAUCUCCCACGCCCAGAGGAGCCUGUACGUGGGGGCAGCCAGUGGGAUUGUGCAGGUGCCCCUGGCCUCCUGUGCCAGGUACACCUCCUGCUACGACUGCAUCCUUGCCCGGGACCCCUACUGCGCCUGGGAUGGCAGGACCUGCCGCGCCACCACCACCGCCAUGGACAGCACAGGCUUGGUGCAGGACAUUCAGACUGGCAAAAGGGGAUGCUGGAGCAGUUCCGGGCGGGCCUCCUUGCCAUGGAAGAACCGGACGGUGCUGCAGGGGGAUGAUGUGCUGCUGCCCUGCGACCAGCGCUCCAACCUGGCCCGAGCCGUGUGGCUGCUGAACGGCAGUGAGGUGCUGGGGGCGGGGCAGGACCGGCUGCGUGUGGGGGUGGACGGGCUGCUGGUGACGGACACGCUGCCCCAGCACAGUGGCGAGUACCGCUGCUACGGGGAGGAGCGCGGUCUGCAGACACUGCUGGCUGCCUACAGCCUCACCGUGCUGCCCCGCAGCCCUACAGGUGCCCCCUCACCCCGUGCUGCCAGCCAAGCAGCCAGCGACAUGAAGGUGGCUUACAUCGCUGCCAUUGUCACUUUGGUGGUGCACUGCACUGUGCUCAGCACUGUCCUCCUCUACAUGACCUGCCUGGAGAAGCGCAAGGUCAAGUACGUGCUGGGGGAGCCACAUCCAGCCAGCAUGGAGCUGCAGACUGUCUCGGCCAACUGCCUGCGCAAGGGCCACCGGGAGGAGGAGGAGGAGGAACUCGCCUACCCUGAUGGCUGCCUGCGGAUCAUCCCUGGCAAGGUGCCCACGGCUGCCACCUCCCCGGUUAAGGAGCUGCCGGUUGCUGUGCCCCCAGUGCCACCCCCGCUGCCGGCUGAGCUCACCAACGGUGUGGGGGAUCUGCCCAACGUCCUCCGCAAGAUGAAUGGCAACAGUUAUAUGCUGCUGCAGCAGCAGGAGGAGCCGCUGACCUCCCCACUGUACAGCGCAUCCUUCACUGAGGAGCUCAGCAAGAUUCUGGAGAAGCGGAAACACACGCAGCUGCUGGUGGAGAAACUGGAUGAGAGCUCAGUGUAG